AUGUUAGAGGAUUGUAAAGAGUUUGCUAAAGGUUGUCAAGAAUGUCAAGUACAUGCAGGAAUUCAGCACGCUCCUACGAGUGAGCUUCAUGGAAUUAUCAAACCCUGGCUUUUCAGGGGCUGGGCAUUGGAUUUGAUUGGUGAAAUUAGACCUACUUCAUCUAAAGGUCAAAAGUAUAUCCUUGUAGGAAUUGAUUAUUUCACGAAGUGGGUCGAAGCAGUGCCUUUGGUGAAUGUGGACCAAGAAACUAUCAUCCAAUUCAUUCAAAGGCAAAUACUAUAUAGGUUUAGAAUCCCAGAGAGUAUAACAACAGAUCAAGGGUCAGUAUUUACUGGUCGAAAGAUGCAGAAAUUUUCAAAACAAAUGGGAUUCAAGUUAUUAACAUCCACACCCUAUUAUGCUCAAGCCAAUGGGCAAGUCGAAGCAGCAAACAAAGUAAUAAUCGGUUUGAUAAAAAAGCAUGUAGGAACAAAGCCAAAAUAUUGGCACAAUACGUUAGACCAAGUACUCUGGGCUUGUCGAACCUCUCCUAAAGAAGCAACGAAUACUACACCUUUCCAGAUAACUUUUGGACAUGAUGCAGUCUUACCUGUCGAAAUCUAUUUACAAUCAGUAAGGAUCCAAAGGCAAAGAGAAAUUCCAUAUGACUUGUAUUGGGAUAUGAUGAUGAACGAAUUGACAGAGCUAGACGAAGAAAGGUUACACGCAUUAGAGGCAUUAAGAAGACAGAAGGAGAUGGUAGCUAGGGCAUAUAACAAGAGGUCAAAGGUAAAACUUUAUCUGUAA